CCCCCCCCACACACACACACACACACAAAACCAUUUUUCUAUCUUGUUUUACUACUUAUUAUUAUGAUUCAUCCUUUUGCCAUCCUACAUCCUUGAGUGUUUGUGUCUUGUUCAAAGUCUAUGUUUUACAUUAACAUGCAUAAUCAUAUUAUGCUGUUAUGUAACGCUAUCUAGCGUCUUGCUAGUUUUUUUUUUUUUAAUAUUUUUUUAUAUUCACCUUCUAUUCGCCUACACCGCGAUGAAAACUCACCAGCAUAAGCUGAAGCAACCGCCACGACCGCUUUUUUCGUGCGGUUUCUUUCGCUACUGCACGCAAUCAGUGCUCAGCCCCACCAACGCCACCCCACCGGCUCUCCCACUUUCCGACCCGCCGCUGCCGCCGCCACCGUUGCCGCCACCGCAACCGCCCUCGGAAUCAUCUUCUUCUUCCAAUACUUCACAAAGCUUUACUCAAUGGAGAUUCUCCCACACUCCCAUCACAACGGAUUUGAUAACAAAUUUGUCGGUGGACGAUACGGCGUUACGCCACCAGUCGCCGCCGCGUACGGCGGCGCCGCCACCACCGCCGGUUAUUAUCUCUGACCUUCAAGAGCUUUUCCACGUGGCAGAGCUCCAGCUCAGCACAGGUGAAGAAAGUGAUAAAAUUAAGGCGAUUUACAUGCUUCAACACUCUUUGGUUAACGCACGCUCCGCCGUGGACGGCGGCGCGUGUGGUGACGCGCCGGUGACAUGCCCGCCGGCGGUGAUGAGGAGGGUGUUGAGUUGUUUGAAGGACAAAGAAGUGGCAAAACCAGCAACAAAAGUUUUAUUAGCACUUUGUUUAGGGGAGUGUAACCGGCGCGUGGCGGUGGAGGAAGGGGCGGUGGGGAAGGUGGUGGAGGCGUUGGUGGAUUUGGACGGUGGUGCGGUGGCGGAGAGGGCGUUGGCGGCGUUGGAAUUGCUUUGUACGGUAGCGGAGGGGGCGGCGGAGCUUCGGGCCCACGCGCUAGUGGGGCCCAUGAUGGUGGAGGUGAUGAGGAGGAUGGAGACCACUAGGGGGAGAGAGAAUGCAAUUGGGAUAUUGGCGGUGAUUUACGGUGGUGCCGGUGGCGAUGCGGUCGGGUUCGCACCGCAGGAGGAGGUGGCGCGUGUGGUGAUGUUGGCUAUGCAAGGUGAUUGUAGUGCUAGAGGGAGGAGAAAAGGGGCCCAAUUGUUGAAGAUGUUGCAAGAGAAUGAACGGUUGGAUUUGAGUCAAGAGGUUGGAUGAGUGGUGUUGAUUCCACCUAGAGUUAAUGAAGUAAAACAAAGGGUCAAACUUCAAAGUGAUUCAAAUUUGGAGAAUGUUAAGUUCUUGUUGUACUUUGUUACACUUAAGGGAAAAUAAAUAGUAGGUUAUGUAAAAGUUUAAAAAAGA